AUGAGCGGAAAUUUUGGUCAAAUUAUCUCUGUGGUCGUUUGCCUGAGGGUGGCAACAAGGAUGGCUUCUCAUGGAUUCCCGAAAAUAGAAGUGAGAACCUUUUUAUUGCUUAUUGCUUUUGGUAUUGCUUCAAUACAGAGAAUUAAUGUAUAAGACAUGCUUGAUUUUGUACCCGGUCAAUGGUUGUCUCCACUGCACGUCACAUCGGAUCGCCAUUAUCAUCGCUUUCUGAUGCAGCCUCUUCUGUCACCAUAUUGGAAUUGUGAGAGAGAUGGCGCACCUCGAGUGGGGAAGAUGGAUACAUGGCCAUCGCUUCCCCACGACGACCGGAAUGUUGAUUCUCUCCGGUGGACUCCUAUUUCCAGCGUUAAGGUCCAAAAGGGAUCGCCCACACCCAAAGCUCCACCUCCUCCAAUCCGAUCCUGACUUCACUCGUUUUUCCUGUGACUAGAUGAAGCUUUUGGCUGGAAUCUAACUAGUUUCGGAGCAAUUUGGUGUCUGGUGUGUCGGGGAGGAUGAAGAAAUCAACUUGUUGGCUGCCUCUCCUCAAUUGUGGCGGUUCCUCCGAUUAUGAGGAUGUUGAUGCCGAUAGGCGAUAACCGUAGAUGGACCGACGAGUCCAUCAACCACUUUGGUCUCUCAAAUUUACAAUCUUCUUUCUCUGCCCGAGCUUCCCACGCCGACCUUGCUUUCUUCCCUCUUGUUGUUCCCUACCAAACAGCUCGCAUCUUCACUUCUGCUUCCUCUUACAAUUUUACUGCACUUCCUGAAGGUCGUCAUUUCGUUCGGCUCCACUUCUUCCCUGCUGUCUACAAUGGCCGAGACCCUAAAAAUGCCUUCUUUUCUGUUACAACUGGGCCUUACACUCUGCUCAGCAACUUCAAUCCCACCAUCACCGCUUUAGCCCUCACACAAGCCUACAUCAUGCGUGAGUUUUUCGUCACUGUCCCCUCCUCUGGCUCCCUCGCCCUCACCUUCACUCCCUCACAAAGCACCCCUGAUUCGUUCGCCUUCAUCAAUGGCAUAGAGGUCGUGUCUUCGCCAGAACUUUUCCGUUCCUUCGCCUUCAACCCUUCUUCCACCGUUGGCCAAACCGACCAAAUAUUUCGCAUACAACAUUCCGAGGCUUUGCAAACCGUCGUUCGGCUGAAUGUGGGCGGAGCUUACGUCUCUCCCACCUCUGAUUCCGGCCUCCUCUUCCGGACAUGGUAUGAUGAUACUCCAUAUGUCUUUGGUGCCGCUUUUGGAGUUUCCUACAACCGUGAUCCAAAUAUAAGCAUACAGUAUUCUCAUGCUCUCCCAGAUUAUAUUGCACCAACAGACGUGUAUGGCACUGCUCGAUCAAUGGGGCCUAAUGCAUCGGUUGACAAGAACUAUAACCUCCAGUGGAAUAUUGCUAUAGACAACGGAUUUCGCUACUGGGUUAGGCUUCAUUUCUGUGAGAUACAAUCAAAGAUCAACAACGUGAACCAGAGGGUGUUCGACAUAUAUGUGAACAACAUGACGGCAGAUCUUAAAUUUGAUGUGCUUGACUAUGCAUCUAAGAAAGUCAACACUAGAAUUUUGACAGGUGUGGCUGUGUACAGGGACUAUAUCAUAGAAGUGCCUUUAGAGGGAAGUGAACAGAGCGACAUGUCGAUUACGCUCCAUCCAGAUGCUGAGAUCGGACCCAAUCACGCAGAUGCAAUUCUUAAUGGGCUUGAAGUCUUCAAGGUCAAUGACUCAUCUGGUAACCUUGCUGGACCAAAUCCAGACCUCCCGUGGGCGCCAGCACCUAAGAAUAGUUCUCCGCCCGUUGGUCGUCACAGCCUCGUGAUUGCAGGCGCCGUGGGAGGCAUAGCUGCCGCGCUUGUUGCCGGCGCUUGCACCUGCUGCCUGUUGUGCAGAGCCCGGCGGAAGAAGAGGGACAAAGGGAGUGAUGGUAGUGCGUCUACGUGGGUCCCGUUAUCGCCUUAUUCACAAGGGAAAAAGGAGAAAUCGACUCUAUUUCCAGCAGAGAAGGGCCAGGUCGCUCAGAGCAACGCCUCUAAUGCUUAUUGCCGGCACUUCAGGUUCUCUGAGAUGACAGCAGCCACCAACAAUUUUGACGAUGCUCUCCUCCUUGGGCGUGGUGGCUUUGGCAAGGUCUACAUGGGCGAAAUAGAUGGCGGCACCAAAGUUGCCAUCAAGCGUGGGAACCAACUAGCGGAGCAGGGAUUGCGUGAAUUCAAGAACGAAAUCGAGAUGCUCUCUAAGCUCCGCCAUCGCCACCUGGUUUCUCUCAUCGGUUACUGUGAUGACAACUCUGAGAUGAUACUUGUCUAUAACCACAUGGCUCACGGCACCCUGCGUCAACACCUCUAUGGCACUAACCACCCGCCUUUAUCUUGGAGGCAGAGACUUGAGAUAUGCAUUGGUGCCGCUAAGGGGCUUCAUUAUCUUCAUGCCGGAGCCACUUAUACGCUUAUACAUAGGGAUGUAAAAACCACAAACAUACUCUUGGAUGAGAAUUGGGUGGCCAAGGUUUCCGACUUCGGCCUCUCUAGGAUGGGGUCCUCAUUGGAUUGCAGCCAUGUGAGCACAGGGGUGAAGGGCACCUUCGGCUACUUUGAUCCAGAAUACUUUCGCUUGCACAGGCUGACCGAGAAAUCAGAUGUUUACUCGUUUGGAGUGGUUCUGCUGGAGACUUUGUGUGCUCGACCGGUGAUCGACAUGUCACGUCACAUGGAAGAGAUCGGUCUAGCCGAUUGGGCGUUGCGCUCUAUGAGAUUGGGAAGAACCGAGCGGAUCAUCGACCCAUUUCUAGAGGGAAAGAUAGCACUCGAGUGCCUCCACAAGUUUGCAGAAACCGCAGAGAGGUGCUUGGCAGAGCAGAGUGCAGACCGUCCGUCUAUGGCGAAUGUGGUAAGUAGUUUGGAGCUUGCCCUCUUUUUGCAGAUCAGCGGAGAAGAGGAGAAGAAGGGUGAGGGAUUGGCUGCCGGUCCUUCCAUGACCGUGGAUGGUGAUGAUGAAGAGGUGUCCCUGUCUUCCAUGGUUUGGCAUACUGAUGAUGAUAGAAGCAGUUCGACUUAUGCUGAGCAGGCCACCAUGGAUUCACGGAGCAUGUAGUCGAGCGAUCUGGUAUACUGUACUCGCAUAUACUCGUGUUGUGAAGACGGAAAAAUUAAUUAGCUCAGCACUCCGGAAGGUGAAACAGCGAGGUCGUCAUCAGUGGAGCUUGGUCGUGAGUCGACUUAAUUAACAACAGAAAAUGUUAAUGAACUUCUGUUUUUGUUUUUCUUUUUUAA